CUAUUAGUUAGGCUCAUGCGGCUCAACCGGUAGGGCUGAUAUGAUAUCAACCCGACCAUACCCAACUUAUUAACCUGCCGGACGAUAAUAAAUAAACUUAGAUAUCUUACUUACCCACCUAGCUAAUAUAUAUAAAUCAUAAUGAUUUCCCACCUCUAACUACCCUGAGAAAAGAAAAUGGCAACCUCACCACCACCACCACCACCACCAUCAACCCUCAACCCCCCCCCCUCCUCAUCUCCCUCCGCGCCAUCACCGCCCCCCCUCCUCCUAACCAUCCGCUUCAGCGCCUCCAUCCCGGAUCUCGAGCUCGACAUCCCGCGGCCCUCCCUCACCACCGUCGUCUCCCUCAAGCACCUCAUCCGCCAGCGCCUCGAGGAGCCCAACUCCCAGCGCCGCCUGCGCUUCAUCCACGGCGGCAAGAUCCUGCCCGACAACGCCGUCCUGAGCGCCGUCCUGCGCGCCCCGCCGUUGCCCCCUCCGCCACCCCGCGGCGCAGCCGACUACGGCAGCAGAGAUGCAAGGGGUGGUGGUGCAGGUGGGAUUGGAAACGGCAGGGAAAGAGAAAAAGGCAAAUCCGUCCCCGGGCGCCCCGAGCCCCCGCAGCGCAUCUACGUCAACUGCUCGAUCGGCGACAGCCUGACGACCGCGGAGCUCGAAGCCGAAGCCGCCGCCGCCGCCGCCCCUCCUCCCCCGGCCCCGUCGCAAAGCGCCUCCAGUCCUCGGUCGCGUUCCCCGGUCCCGCCGCCCGACACCCCCCUCCCCAGCACGUCCGCGGCGCCCCGGGGGUUCGACCGCCUGCUAUCGGCGGGCUUCACCGCCGCGGAGGUGAACCAGCUGCGGCUGCAGUUCCGCAGCAUCCACGCGUCGCGCUUCACGCCGGACACGCUGCCGUCGCCGGAUAGCUUUCGGCGGAUGGAGGACGCGUGGAUCGACGACAACGGCGCUUCGAUGCCGUCUACGGGCGCGCUUGGAGGGGGCAAUAGCGGAGGAGGAGGCGGAAUGGGCGGGUUAAGUAACGGGACGGAUAGCGAUGAGGUCGGACUAGUAGCUCUGGUCGACGUCAUGAUCCGCGGCGUCAUGACCGGUUUCAUGUGGCCGCUGGGAAGCGCGGGGUGGCUGGUGCGGGAGGAAGGCAUGGCGAGUGGGCGGUGGAGAUUUAUGGUCGGCGUGGGUGUCAUGUUUAGUGUUUUGAUAGGGAUCAUCAGGAGCAUUUCUGGGGAGAGAUAAUUAUCCAAAAAAGUCGAUACGAAACUAGGUAUUGUGCCACGAGUGGGGAUGGAACAGCAUACAAGCAUACAUUCAAAUGGCGUUACAUUGGCAGUAUCAUGGCAGGGCGUUUUCUACAAAUUAUGAUAUGACAACCUUAUACACGGAUCCAUCUGUGUUGCAUCACGUUGGCAAAAGACCGGAAGACAAUCAAGCGGGUUGGGCAUCGCCAACGAUGGCGAUGCCCCCAUUCACUAUCUAAGCACACACUAAAGAAUCUAAGAUCUCAAGAGGUGGUUACGCCUCGAAAGAAACGCAAUGAAACCCUAUUAGGUCCAGUCUCUCUCAUCGAUCUUGAAACAAGUGGUAUCCCCUCCC